AUGCUCGGGAUUCUGGGCAGGGGCCCACUCGGGCGGAUCUCCGCGGGGCUGUUGUCAGGCGCUGGGGCUGGGAGGGCGGCGGUGCUGGCCAUGGCGUCCGGAGGCACCGCGACUGGGGGCUCCCGGAGUGACGACGCUCCGGCCGCGGAUUACGUGCACGACCGACAGGCCUUUCUCGCGCACUACGACGGCCUCAGGGACAGCGUUGUGAAGGAUGAGGUGUACGCUGGGACGCCGUCCUUCGCCACUGAGUGGCUGAGUAAGAUGUUGGACUACAAUGUCCCAGGAGGGAAACUGAAUCGAGGGAUGGCGGUCUUUGACGUUGUCAAGUCGAUCAAGGGCAAGGAGGCCAUCACUUGGAGCGAUGUGAACAAAGCAAACACCUUGGGAUGGUGCAUCGAAUGGCUUCAGGCCUUCUUCCUUGUUGCCGAUGAUAUCAUGGACAAUUCCAUCACAAGGAGAGGCCAACCGUGCUGGUACAGGCAGCCGAAUGUAGGCCUUGUUGCUUUCAAUGAUUCCAUCAUCCUCGACGUGUGCAUCUACAGAAUCCUGCACAAGACUUUUGCCAGUGAGCCAUGCUACCUCCGAGUUUUGGAGGUUUUCCAUGAGGUGACAGCCCAAACUGCUCAUGGCCAGAUGCUUGACAUGAUCACGGCCUCACCUCCAGGCGAGCGCAACUUCGACCGCUACACCAUGGACAACUACAUGAACAUCAUCACGUUCAAGACGGCUUACUACUCGUUCUACCUUCCCGUCGCAUGCGGGCUACUCAUGAGCGGCGUGGAGAAGCCAGAGGCGUUCGAACUUGCUCGCAACAUUCUCAUUCCCAUGGGUCAGUAUUUCCAGAUUCAAGAUGACGUGCUGGACUGCUUUGCAGAUCCUGCAGUGCUGGGGAAGAUCGGCACGGAUGUCCAGGACAACAAGUGUUCAUGGCUGAUAUGCCAAGCCCUGCAGCGUGCGUCGCCUGAGCAGAAACAGCACUUGCUGGUGAGCAGAGUAUAG